AUGGCUGCGAUGAACGAAAAGGUGUUGGCUAAAUGUGGACAGAAUAUAGUUAGCCUCAAGAGGAAGCGGGACAGCCCCGCUGCAUAUCAUGCUGAUGCCUGCCACACCUCUCAAUCGCAUCAGCAUCCUACUGGAAACUCUGAUAUCAGGUUGUAUGUUGGUGAAGAUCGCAAGGCGAACAUCGCGUGCCACUUCAACAAGCAGAUUUUACAGAGCUAUCAGAACUACAUGACCAGUGCAUCACCUAAGCGUAUUCUGCUCCGCCAAAGUGGCAACUGGAAAGAAUUUCCAGAAAAAAUUGUCAAGCUGGCUCAAGUUGAUUUCCGGACAAAGAAGACCAUCACAGAAGUAGGAUACCAGAACCAGCUAUUUUUGCUGGACUUUGUCCACAUGACAUUCAUUGACUCAAAGUCAGGUCUUCAGAGGCCAAUCGCCUGGAUUGAUGACAAUGGAAGGCGUUACUUCCCAGAAGUUCUUAUUGAAGAUCAGAUAGUAUAUAGGAGGAAAGAUUUUGGCAAUGGAGAUCAUGUCUAUGUUAUAGCUGAGCCUAAUGGGGCACGUCAAAUAAAUGACCAGUAUGGAGCAUCAGAGAGUUCCGCAGAAAGCUCAAACUUUGAGUCCAGUACUGAAGAGGUUUCCAGUGCUAAGAGAGUUAGAGCUGAGAAGAGUAUCAUCAGGAAAAUAAAUUGUGAUCGUAGAGAAACUGUGGGAGAGAAUGAACCACACACUUCGCUGCCUGCAGUCUUUAGUUGUCAACCACAGCAAGAUAAGCUGGGCGGGCAAUCACGUGCUCAAGGAACUACCUCUGUUGUGCAGAAGAUGUUGCUGCAGGGAAUGGGUACUGCUAUUGGUUCCAAGGAUAUUAUUGGAAUCCACCGAACGCCAUUCUUGAAUAAUUAUAGAGAAGACCGCUAUGAUCUCUUCCAAAAGCAGGUAGAGAUUACUAAAUCUCAGCAUGGUAAUGCAAAUGUGCGUUAUGCUUGGCUUCCUUGCUCGAAAGCUGCUGUGGAUGAAAUGAUGCUGAAUGGCACCUUGCAAGUUAAAAAGCCCACUAGGUGUCCACCCUAUGGAACUGGCGUACUCCUUGCACCAGCUAACUGCUCCAUUAACUGUGUGAAUUACUCUGAUGUUGAUGAAAAUGGCAUCAUCUAUAUGAUGUUGUGCCGGGUUGUAAUGGGGAACGUAGAAAUAGUUCACCAUGGAUCUAAGCAGCACCAGCCUAGUAACGAGUAUUUUGAUAGCGGUGUAGAUGACCUAAAAAACCCGCAGCAUUACAUUGUAUGGGAUAUGAAUCUGGAUAGUCACAUCUAUUCUGAAUUUGUAGUCACCAUCAAAUUGCCAUCUAAAGCCAAAGAUUCCCUCUUCACACAAGAAGAUUGUCACGAUUCAUCUGAUGCUUCACUGGUCUUGAGUCCAAGUUCGGCCGACAGUGUAUCACAGGACAUGAAUCUUGAGGCAUCUCCAGCAUUGGGUGGUCAGUAUGAAGCCCCCAUGUUAGGAGGAUCAAUGGCAAAAGCUCCAAGUACACCUUGGAUGCCCUUUUCCAUGUUAUUUGCAGCUAUUUCAACCAAACUUCCUCGCGAGAAAAUGGACAUGAUCAAUAACUGUUAUGAAGAAUUCAAGGCCAAGAAAAUAAGCAGAAUUGACCUAGUGAAGAGGCUGCGUCUCAUAGUUGGUGACAGAAUGCUGGUCUCCACAAUAAUUCGGCUCCAAGAUAAGUUGCCUCCGAUGGUGAAGCGGGAAGCAGCAAAUGCUCCAGUCAAGGCACGAGUAGCUGCAAAGAGGAAACUGUCCGAGUAUACUUGUGAACCUAAGAUGGUUUCAAGGGAGAAGGCUCCUUGUUUACCCUCCUAG